UUCUCACUGUUUGUCUUACUUUCCACGUGUCACGUUUAGAUGCGUUUAAUUAUACGUUUUCAAUUUAACCCGGCCCCAUAAAUCUUGGGUUCAUUGGGCUCGGUGGUUUGGUAGUCAACGCAAUAGGCGCAAUUUCUCCAAACCCAAAAUUGUUUUAACGGUUAUGGUUUUAGCCCGCCAAAUCCGACCCGAACCGACCCCUGCACUUCUCUCUCUCUCCAACUGUAUUUAACAGACUUGGCGAAAUCUAUACCCGCCAAAACAAUGGCGGGAGGAUUGUGUUACAGUUGCACUGCAAGUGUACGGCUUCCUAUGCUCUUGCAGUCCAAGACAAUCCGUGGCACCCGAUGCUCCUCAGCCGCACCGGAUAACAACAAUCACAAGAGAGACACCCCACAGGUUUUGAAAAUCGCUGUGAGCGGCGUCACUGAACUUCUCAGGCUUCUCUCUUCCUUCAACAAAACAACCAGACUUAACGGAGUGAGUGACAAAGGGAGAGAUGAGUUUUCAGUUUCGGGCAUUGAUGAAGUUUUAAUGAUUCUCAAAUCUGAUUACGAGAAUGCGUAUUUUGUUACAGGGAUUUUCACUUCUGCAAUCUACGCUGAAGAUUGUAUCUUUGAAGAUCCAACUAUCAGAUUUCGAGGUAAGGAGUUGUAUUCUCGCAACUUGAAAUUGCUUGUUCCUUUCUUUGAAUCUCCAUCAAUUGGAUUAGAAAAGAUCGAGAAGGGUAUCAAUUCUGAAGCAAGUUUUGUGCUAGCAACAUGGAAACUCAGGACCUACCUGAAACUUCCGUGGAGGCCUCUCAUUAGCAUUGAUGGAAGCACGGUCUAUGACUUAGAUGAUAAGUUUAAAAUUGUAAGGCAUGCUGAGAGUUGGAAUGUCUCUGCAAUUGAGGCAAUUGGCCAGCUGUUCACGCCUAGUUAUGGAAGGUCCAAUGUCUGAAUAUCGCAAGUCUUAGAAAUCUGAAGGAGCUUCAGGUUCAUUUUACAUUGGUUAGUGUUUCCUUCCAUUGCUAGAAUUAGACCUUACUUUUAGCAUAUUGUUUUCGGUAUUUCUUUGACUUGUGUACCAUUACCCUUUGUCCUUUGUAUAUAUAUUUUCGGUAUUUCUUUGACUUGUGUACCAUUACCCUUUGUCCUCUGUGUAUAUAUAUAUUAGGACUUUUCCUAUUGAGAGGGGCAAUAAUAUACUAAACUCACACACACAACACGGAUGCUAGGACUCGAACCCAUAACCUUGCCUGGGAGAGCAAUUAAUCCAAACUACUAUACUAGUGGGUCUUUUGCUUUGUGCUGUGUGUAUAUGGCUUUGAAGUUUAUAGUUGCAUUUUAUUUACGUUAGCCAAAAUUCUGUAAAGACCUUCCAAUGCCAAUGCGUACUGGAUGUUAUAUUUUGUAUUCCAUUUUUGGCGCUUUCUGUCGGUUGGUGUUGUCAAUCAGGCCAGACAAUGUGCUCUGAAAAGCCGUGGCAGGCUUUUUACCCGCCAACUUUGUGCCUCUAGCUACUGCAGACAGUCUGCAGAGUCAAAGCUCUAUGAAUAAGAUCGUAACAGUUACCAUUGCCAAGUAAUGUUACCAAGGAGAUAUGAAUAUUUUUUAGCGGUUCAGAUUAUUACAACGGGGGGAGAAGUAGAGGCAUACGUUUGCAAUGAUGAUAGGGAACAUAGCCAUCAAGCAAGCCUAGACAUAAACUAUAGGGACAGUAAAGUGGUAAUGAGAGCUCCUCAUGUUCUUGCGCAGAAAGUCCAGGCUUUUUGCGUAAAGGGCAUUAAAAAAAGGCUACUAGACCUUUCAAAAUAUGUUAGAGAAUCCAAAGUUAGAACUUGUAACAGUGUGUCUGCGGUUAUGGUUGUGAUAGUUCUGUAAUGCUUUGAUUUUGGCUUCUUAAUCUAUCUUCUUAUUUUUUUACAUUUAUUAAUUAGGAUGAGUUGGUAGACUUCAAAAUUUGAAAAUUAUAGUAAGAGUGCAAUGGCUCAGCUGUAGCAGAAGUUAUAUCAAGCACCUCUUGCAUAUAUAUAUAUAUAUAUUAAUUAAUACACAAGGAAAAUCGCGAGAAAUUUAAUUUACAACACUAAGGAAUUAUUUCCAAUCUCAAACGUUUCCUCAGAUUGGAAUUAAUAGAUAAAGGGUCAGUUCAUAAUUCACAUUGCUUUGUCAGUCCCUCUUCCAAGCAUACAGCAACAGAGAAAACCCCCCAUUACUACCAUAUGACCUAGUGGAUGAAGAACAUGAACUUCUCCCCCCAUCACUACUCUCCUCUGCCCAUUGCAACACACUUGAGCAUGACGGCGACGGGGACAACGAAGUCAUCGACGGCAUUGAUGCCGAAGCAGCCGAUGUUGACAAGCUCUUCCUCAUCAACCUCUUCUCAGGACCUACCAUUUCUGGCCACACCCCACCAUCACCCACUUGAAAAACAAAUACACCAUGACCAUUCCCAUUAGCACCGUUAUGAUUAUUAACCCAGUUGAACACGUCCCAGUAAAAUUCAAAUUCAACUCCACCAACAAAAAUUCUCUCAUUGCCUCUGAAUUUCCAAGCCAACCUUUUGACAAUCAGGCUUAUCACUCCAUCUACUUUUACUUUGAGUGUACCCUCCCUACACUCUAUUCCAAUUUCAUGUUUGGACCCCAAGAACUGAGCUCUGGAUAUGUAAUUCCUGCGCCCAAACACAUGUUCCCGCCUUGACAACAGGGCAGGUUGGCUGAGUUUGUGAGUCACAACUACCCCUGACCGCCGAGUGAACUCGUCCAAAAGAUCCCCAAGAAAGAAUUCAAUUUUGGCAUUGCAAGAAAUGGCGAUGUAGAAGCAAGACUCUGGCUCAGCCGAGUUGUGAGUGAAGUCAGCCCGGGUGAAGUCCCAGUAAAGCUUGAUUUUUUGGCAAUGGUUGUGGGUUAGAGAGAUGGAUUUGGAGCCUGGUUUGGUUCUGAAGAAUGAGAAGGUUGAUGGGUUGAGGGAGAUGGUGAUGGAAAAAGAGUCUGAGGCAUGAAUGGUUAGAGAGUGAGAGAAGAGGCUUUUGGACCAAGUGAGAGUGAGAUAUGUGGGUGAGUUACAAAGCUGAGUUUGAUAUAUGCAGGUUAUAAGGUUUUGGGGCACUUGAGAGCUGCUUGAGAGUGUGUUGGGCUGGCUGAAACAUGCUGGGAUCAUGGUGUCCAACAUUGCUGCUUGUUACUCAAACCAUAUGCAGUUGAAGAAUUGUUGGAAGUUUUAAGUUGAUGAGAGAGAGAGAGAGAGAGAGAGAGAGAGAGGUAUGAAUGGGGUGUUUGGAGGUUUGAUUAUAUAUUCAUUUGGCUUUGUAUUGAUGGGUAGUUUUGUAUUUGAGAGGUUGUGGAAGAUUUAGAGAGAGAGUUUUGGAGGCGUAAAGGCUUUGUCUUUGGGUGGGUGUUGAUGGGUAGUUUGGGAUUUGAGGGUUUGCUAUAGUAGUAUAAGAAGAGCUUUUGGCUUAGGGCUGUGGCAAGAGUGCUUGUGCUUUGAAUCUUGAAUGAUGAAAGUUACAAGGCUCCCAUCAUCACAAUCAUCAGCACCAGUAGCUAAGCCUUGCACGUACAGUUCAUUCAUGUUAUAUUCUCCAUAAUUUGCGCCUUUGACAGAGUUUUAAAUAUAUCUAUCUGUUUCUCUGUUUCUCUGUUUCUCUCUCUCUCUAAUGGUCAUGGGAAUGGGAGUGAGCUGGGUUGCACUGGGGGCUUCUGGGUCACAGUUGCAGGAGUUCAGAAGAUGGGGCCUUGGGAAAAGGAGAAAGAGUCCCCAACCACUUUUGUAUGGUAGCUUCAGUUUCAUUCAUCCAUCAACUUCUGGGGAGGAGGGAGAAGAGAUGACGACAAACCAACUGCAACAUGCCUAGUAGAUAGUAGACACCAAACCUCUGCCAUUAUAUAAUACACAAAAAUCAGAAAUUUUUAUUUUCAUUACUUUUUUUUCUUUCUUCUUUUGCUUUGAUUUUCAACAUCUGAUAAUCUUAUAUUUCCAUUGCCGAUAA